AUGGAUUUACCCGUUCGGUCGACAUCACACCAGCCUCCGCCUCCGUCUCCGCCUUUAAAGGCUGAGAACGAGCAUGACGCUGAGGUGUUUGAGGCCGAGCACCAGGAUGGGGGGCUCCGAACCACAGACAUCCGUGCCCCGCCCGUCGUCCGGAAAAUCCCUCCAACACCCUGGAGGAAGCUAGAGGCGUGUAAAGGUUUCGACUUGCGGACCUGGACUGCCGCUUCGGGGAGCGAGCCGACUACGACUACAUCGAUACCCAACAGUAUCAGCUGCAGCAGCCACGGGUACGACGAGGGUUCAGUCUUUCAUGGCUUUCCAGACCUGCCCUACGAACUGCGACACAAGAUCUGGCGCAUGCACCUGGAGCGGCCGCGCAUCGUGGUAAUCAGAGGUGUCAUGGACGGCUCGGGGGUCCAGGCUUCCGGCAACGACCUGGGCAACGUCGUGUGCAACGCCAACUGGUACUGCGAGAACAGGAGCCCCUCGCUCUUUCGAGUGUGCGCCGAAUCACGGCGCGAGGCGCGGUCGUUCUUCAGGAUCCGGCUGCCCAUGAGGUCAUCGGCGCCCGACAGCCACGGCUUCCCAAAUCUGAAUCAGCGAAACCCGGUGUGGGACCAAAUCUACAUCAACCCUGACUGGGACCUCGUCCUGUACCAGGGCGCCACCAGAUCGCUCACUAUGGCCAUCCUUGCCAGCGACCUGCUGGCCUACGACCCAUUAGGCAAAGGGAUCGCGCACUACGGAUCGAAUGAUUGGCCCCAGAGCAUAUGGCACGUUAACCCAGACCCCGGUUGUGGCAUGGCUACCCUGAAUGAAUCGUUCGCCUUCCUCAAAAGCUUCGUCCUCUGCACGAGGUCCACGUCUGAGAUUACUCGGCCACUUGGCGAGGGUUAUGUGUAUGCCGUGGCCGGCGAUGUUGGCCCGGCUGGCAUGUGUGACUCUGGCUCCUAUACGUUUGACUGGUAUCGUGCCUCAUCCGGGAUGGCUGCCAAGACACCAAACAACAGCAUGGUCCGGAAGGCUCUUAUUUUCGGUAAAGGUGUCCAUCACUCCGUUGUGAACAGCCUCAUCGCGAUUGAAAUGACUAGCCGUAUCCACGAUGGGCCUCUCUCCCAGAACCUCAACGCGACGACUGAGGGAUGGGUCAUCAAGCUCGCCUGGCAACCUCCGGACUGCGCCAUUUCCCAUGUCAUGCACCUGACCACGGGUCCCAUAAGGGAGCCCAAAGUAAGUUGA